AUGACUAAACUCGACAAAAUCGCGGAUGAUUCAGAGUUAGAACCCGCGAACGUGAAAAUGCGUUUAGAUCGGAUAAAGGAGCAAGUUCGAGCAUACGAGGAAUUAAACGACGAACUUGCGUUGUUGGUUGAACCCGACGACGAGCAACUCGCUGAAUUUGAGUCGUUACAAAAUAGAUUUUACGCAAUCGCGACAAAAGUCGAGGUGAUCGUGUCACCGAUAACGCCGCUAUCUGUUAGCAGAUUAAAUUCAACAUCUCUACCGACCGAUGGCACGCGUCGUCUGAAAUUGCCCGUGGCAGACCUUCCAAAGUUCAAAGGUGACCUCGAGAAGUGGUUAUCGUUCAAAAAUAUGUUUCUCGCGAUGAUUAAUUCUCGCGAGGACAUAACGAAUUUACAGAAAUUUAUUUAUGUGAAAAAUUGCCUCGAAGAUGACACGUUGAACAAGAUCCUGGUUUACGACAUAAGCGAAGAGAAUUACGAGACCGCUUGGAAACUAUUUUUGGACUCUUACGAUAAGACCCGUAUUCUAAUCGUGAAACAUCUGGCCGCUAUUCUGGAAUUACCGGUGCAGACAAAGGCCACGCACCAAGGACUAACGAGACUCAUCGAUGACAUGCGUCAACACCUAAACAUGCUCGCGUCGAUGAAUGUGAAACCGGAUGAACAUUUGUUAGUUCGGAUAUUGAAAUGUGCGCUACCCCACAACAUUCGAUCUAAAUGGGAGGAAACUCUCAGUUUAGAUAUCUCACCGACACUAGAUCAAUUAUACAAGUUCAUUUCGGAAACUGCGUUCCGACUUUUUACGAUCGAACAAGAUUCGUCGCGUUCAAAACAAGAGGCGAAUAAAAAACGACCAUUUUUCGGGAAGGCACAAGAUGGUGCGAAGAUUCGAAGAGGUGAAGACGGCGCGCGUACGCUAAUGACCGGUACAUCAUCCAAUUGUUUGGUUUGCAAGAGAGAAAACCAUUUCAUAUAUCAGUGUCGUGAGUUUCAAAACAUGACCGUACAACAACGAUGGGACUUUGUGAAAAAAUCGAAUUUGUGCAAAAAUUGUUUACGCACACAUAGCGGUAAAUGUAACUCGUGGCACUGCAAAAAUUGUCGUAGAUUUCACAAUAUACUUUUACAUAACGAGGCCUCUACUGCGACCGCAAGUCGCGAUUCGAGAAAAUCGGAUAACGUGACCGACUCAAGAUCAGAAGUAAAUUCGGAAUGA